AUGAGGAAUAAUUACGUUCCACAAGAAAAUGCUUCCUCCCACUCAUUAUCUGUCCACACCACAAAGAAGAUAGAAAAGGGAAAGGGAGAGAUGUAUGGGCUGAAAAAUCUGGCAGUGAUAAUUGCCUUUUUAAGUGUUGGAAAAUUCAUAAUAGAUAACAAUAGAGAAUUUGGCUUUCUCAUGUCACUACCUCUUCAGACUCUUUCUCUGCUUGAGUGUUCUUGCUUUCUCUUGGCAAUUCUUAUGAGUUUUGUACGCUCACUCUUUGGAUUCUACAUAGAGGCCAGAAAGCUUGGGCACUUAUAUAUAUGUUUAAACUUAGGUGUCUUUGAGGCGUUUAUUGCAUACUUGAACUUAAACUACAUACGUCACAUAUAUUCCUCUGGAUGGUCGAUGAUACUUAAUGUUGUCUACACAGCUAAGCUUAUCUCCUUCCAUUUGGUUGUGAAAGAGCUCAGAAGAGACCGAAAGAUUAACAUAGAAGAGGAAUUAAGCAUAAGACAUUUUCUGUACUUUCUGGUUGUUCCUACUCUCUGCUUCCAGUUACAAUUUCCCAUGAGGUCUGGAAGAAAUAUCAAAGGCAUGGUUCUGAAAACCAUUCAACUUCUAGUAGGCUUCCUUCUUUUUGUCCUGGUUAUGGAUCAAUAUGCAAUCCCUAGCAUAUAUAGAAUCGUUAAUUUUGAAGAUCUAACGACAGUAAUUGAAAACAUAAUCAAUCUUUCAAUAAGUACCAUAAUUCUGUUCUUAAUAUUCUUUUACACGGUUUUUUAUUGCUUUCUAGAGACUGUUGCCGACAUAACACUGUUUUACGAUUCAUGCUUCUAUCAAGAAUGGUGGAAUGCAUCUUCUGCAAGGGAAUUCUGGGCCUUAUGGAACAGACCCGUGUAUCUUUGGUUCAAAAGACAUGUGUAUGCUCCAAUGGUUGGAAGAGGAAUUUCCAAGGAAAGGGCAGGAGUAAUAGUAUUUGCAAUGUCGGGAUUGAUCCAUGAAUAUGUUGUCUCCAUCUCGAUAAAAAAAUUCACAGGAUGGUUUCUGAUAACUAUGCUUCUUCAAGUUCCUCUUAUUCAUGUUACGGAGUCAUUCAGACGGAAAUUUCCCAGUCUGGGGAACUUUUUCUUUUGGGGAGCUUUUUGCGUGAUUGGCCAGCCCUCUGUAAUAUUAUUAUAUUACAGGUCUUUAUAUCUAAAAGAAUGUCACAUGUAG